AUGGUCUCUCCGGUGUCCGUCGUCUGCGUGGGCAUGGCCGGCUCAGGCAAGACCACCUUUAUGCAAAGAAUCAACUCCUAUCUGCACGAAAAGAAGACCGUGCCGUAUGUGCUCAACCUCGAUCCAGCGGUGCACUCAGUACCAUUUGAGAGCAACAUCGAUAUCCGUGAUUCCAUUAACUACAAAGAAGUCAUGAAGCAGUAUAACUUGGGUCCUAAUGGAGGCAUCCUGACAUCUUUGAAUCUGUUCGCCACCAAGGUCGAUCAAAUUAUCUCUCUCUUAGAGAAACGCACUGCGCCCAACCCAGAAAACCCUUCCGUUAAGCCAAUCGAACACAUUUUGGUCGACACGCCUGGCCAAAUCGAAGUCUUUGUCUGGAGUGCGUCUGGCAGCAUCCUUCUUGAGACUAUGGCCUCAUCGUUCCCGACGGUCAUUGCAUACGUUAUUGAUACACCUCGUGCAAGCUCUACAAGCACCUUUAUGAGCAACAUGCUCUACGCUUGCAGUAUCUUGUACAAGACCAAGCUUCCUAUGAUCUUAGUCUUCAACAAGACAGAUGUCAAGGAUGCCGAAUUUGCCAAGGAGUGGAUGACCGACUUUGAUGCAUUCCAGCAGGCUUUGCGGGAGGAGGAAGAAUCAGGCGCGUUUGGAACUGAAGGUGGUGUUGGAGGGUUUGGCUCUGGCAGUGGAUACAUGGGCUCUCUUCUCAACAGCAUGAGUCUCAUGUUGGAAGAAUUUUAUCGACACCUUAGCAUCGUUGCCGUCAGCUCAAUGACUGGCGAUGGCGUCGAGGAAUUCUUCGACGCUGUGGAGACCAAGCGACAAGAGUUUGAACGCGAUUACAAACCCGAAUUGGAGCGCAAGAAAAAAGAGCGUGAAGAGCAGACAGCAGCUCAGCGUGAGCUUGAGCUUGGAAAAUUAAUGAAAGACAUGAAUGUGUCUGGAUCAAAGAAACCUGCACAGGAGGCCGAGACAGUCAGUGAAGCAGAAGAUGAAGAAGACGAAAUCAUCAAACGUGGCAUGGCGGAUGGGGAGGCUGACAGUGACUACGAGUACGAGGACUACGAAGGUCCUAGUGCGGGCAAUGAUGAAGGUCUCUCCCAGCGUUACAAGCAGGCUUUGGCGGGCUCCCAAUCUGCUCCAUCAGACCAAGACAACAGCUUCACCAGGUAUUUGCGUGGGGCCAAUAUGCAAAAGUAA